AAAAGCAAAUUAUGAGAACAGACACACAUAAUGGAGCUGAAUGAUGAAGUCGAAAUUGUGGCGUUCAAGCCUCGAGUCAGUGAGCCUUGCAGGCCGGCGCUAGUUGAUUCAGCCACGGUGACGAUAUGUUUUGAGUACAGGAACGACACUUUCUCUCUCAAACACCACAACUACCGCACCCAGAGUGCGCAACCUCUUUACGAUGGCGACCGGUGUAGAUGCGAAGCUGUUGAAGUCGACGAAGUUUCCCCCUGAGUUCAGUCAGAAAGUGGACAUGGAAAAAGUCAAUUUGGAGGUUAUGAAGAAAUGGAUCGCAGGCAAGAUAUCAGAAAUCUUGGGCAACGAAGAUGAUGUCGUGAUCGAACUGUGCUUCAAUCUCAUCGAAGGCUCACGCUAUCCUGAUAUCAAGAAACUGCAGAUUCAGCUCACAGGAUUCUUGGACAAAGAUACGGCGAGUUUCUGCAAAGAGCUUUGGAAGUUAUGUUUAAGUGCUCAGUCAAACCCGCAAGGGGUUCCGAAGGAACUGCUCGAAGCCAAGAAACUUGAACUGAUACAAGAGAAGAUCAGUACCGAGGCCCUCCGAGAGAGUCGGAUACAUAUGUUCCUGUUGGACGUGGUGGAAGACGCAAUGAUCGCGGGCGACCGUCUACGUCUCCAUCCCGCUCUCCUUCUGUCUCUAGAUCUGAGUCCCGCUCCCGCUCCCCACCUCGACGACGUCGCCGUUCUCCUUCCCCACGUAGAAGAUCUCGCUCACCAGAUAGACGUGGACAUACAUAUCGAGGACGUGGGACUAGAGGCCGAGGGAGGAGUCUCGAUCGUACUGCACGUCGGCGAAGCCCUUCUCCCUCGUGCUCUCGAUCUCGAUCUCCGCGGGCCACCAAUCGCAGAAGAUCAACAUCUCCUUCCGCCAGCGCAUCUCCUCCACCACGGUCUCGAAAAUCUCGUCGUAAUACCAGCUCGAUGUCUCGGUCUCCUUCUCUUUCAAGGUCAAGGAGUCGGACACCAAGAAGAAGAUCGUCACGCGGUAGAAACAGGGCAACAUCUACGCCGACUCCAGCAACAGAUGAAGACAUGGCUGACGCGCCUGCUGGCUCACCCGAAGUAUCACUCCGCCACGUCGCCACAGAAGUCGUUCCAGAAGUUCCAGUCAUGGAGGAAGAACAAGGAAGCGUCGUCGUUCUAUCCAACGCUAUGAACCUGCAAGCAAGAGGCGACGAAACACUUCUUCUGUCUCUUCACCUGAGGAUACGAGGAUUAGAAAAGCUGAUUCUGACGAUGAUGGCGACAGGGGCUCUCCUAGACGCGAAAGUGAAGAUUCGAGACGUGAUACGA